UACUUUUCACUCUCGACCCUCACACUACUUAACCACCCAAAACCAGUUCAACUGUGGAAGCAUUCUCACUGCACAUCACCCUCCCAACAAUGGCUCUUCACAUCCUCUUCACAUGGCUUGCGCUUUUCCUUCCUCCCCUCCUCCUCCUCCGCCUCCUCUCAGUGAAAAGAUUCACCGACAAAAGGAAGAACCUCCCUCCAGGCCCUCCGCCACUCCCCAUCAUAGGCAACCUCCACCAGCUCGGCCACUUGCCUCACCAAUCCCUGUGGAAACUCUCCAGACAGUACGGCCCCGUCAUGCUCGUGCACCUCGGUGGCAUCCCCACCGUCGUCGUCUCCUCCCCCGCCGCUGCCAGGGAGGUCCUCAAGACCCAUGACCUCAACUGCUGCAGCCGCCCUCGGCUGGUCGGCACGGGACGCCUCUCCUAUGACUACCUUGAUAUCGCCUUCGUCGAGUACGGCGAUUAUUGGAGGGAGCUGAGGAAGCUGUGCGUGUUGGAGCUGUUUAGCGCCAAGCGAGCCCAGUCCUUCCGGUUUGUCAGGGAAGAGGAGGUGGGUUCUAUGAUCGAUUCGAUUGCGAAGUCAGCAGAGAGCGGAACUCCGGUUAAUAUGAGCGAGAAGUUCAUGGCUCUGACGGCUAACGUCACUUGCAGGGUCGCAUUUGGGAAGGUGUUUCAGGGGACGGAGUUCGACAAUGGAAGGUUAAUGCAUAUGAUUCACGAAGCAUUGGCGAUGCUGGGAAGUUUCUCAGUGUCCGAUUUUUUCCCUAGAUUCGGCUGGAUCAUGGACAGGUUCACAGGGCUCCAUUCGAGGUUGGAGCAGAGCUUUCACAAUUUGGAUACUUUCUAUCAGCAGGUGAUCGACGAGCAUCGGGGCGUGAAUAAGAGCAACGAAGAAGAGGAGGACAUUGUCGAUUUGCUGCUGAAGAUGGAGAGGGAUCAGACUGAGCUCGCGGGGGUUCGGUUCAAGGAAGAUAACAUCAAGGCCAUCUUGAUGGAUAUAUUUCUAGCUGGAGUGGACACCGCUGCACUUAUCAUGGACUGGACAAUGGCCGAGCUUGCCAAGAACCCGAAGGUGAUGCGAAAAGCUCGAGAGGAGAUCCGGAGUUGCAUUGGAAACAAAAAACAGGUCGUGGAAGACGACCUCCACGAGCUCAAAUAUCUCAAGUUAGUACUCAAGGAGGCAAUGAGGCUACACCCUCCAAGUGUACUACUUAUCCCGAGGGAAACAAUGGGCCACUUCAAGCUGUUCGGCUAUGAUGUCGACCCGAAGACCCGUGUCCAGGUCAACGUGUGGGGCAUGGGGCGGGACCCAGGCCUCUGGGAGGGCCCAGAGGAGUUUGUGCCUGAGAGAUUCGAGGACAGUCCGAUUGAUUACAAGGGGAAUCAUUUCGAGCUGUUAGCGUUCGGAGCGGGGCGGAGGGGCUGCCCGGCCAUUUCGAUGGGGAUGGGAGUGGUCGAGUUGGCGCUUGCGAAUGUCUUGCACUCUUUCGAUUGGGAACUGCCGGAGGGGAUGAAAGAGGGAGACGUGAGCAUGGAGGAAGGGGCUGGCCUGACCGUGUUCAAAAAAGUACCUCUCACUCUGUUGCCAGUGAAGCCAUCGCAAGAAACCAAUGCAUGUCAAAAUCGUGCUUAAACUAAAACAUCAUACACUACGUUAAUGAUGAUCAAGCGUUUUAACGUUGCACAGUACAAUUUUGUAGCAUGCAACGUCUCCAUACUAUAGUAACCAAGACUCGGUUGAGUAUCUUGCUUCUCAGGCAAUUAAUAAACAGAUCCUUUUGAGAUA